AUGGCGCACGGCCCGCCUGACGUCAGCCACAUGUACGCGCACCUUCACCCCGCCCCUUCCUACUCCUGCGGCGCCGACGUGUACCAGGACCCGUCGGUCGGGGGCUACCUGUCCACGCCCGCCUGCGGCGUGUCCUACCACGCCCCGCCCUCCUAUAGCGCGGCGCCCAAAGUGGGCGUGGACGCGGCGCUGCACGUCGUCCCGCCCGAGUACGGCGGCGGCGGCAGCGGCGGGGGCUUGUACCCGCAGUGCCAGAGAGACAUCCAGGCAGCCUUCGCGGAACGGAAGUCGGUGGCGUACGCGAUGGACUCCCUGCGGGGGGCGCCGCCGCUAACGCCCCUUAACACCAUCAGGAAUUUCACGCUGCAAGGCGCACCUUCGGUUGCCGCCACCGGCCCGCUCGCCGCCGCCGCCGCCUUCCCCGCCCACCCCAGCCUCCCGCUGCGGCCCAUCCUGCGGCCGCGCAAGUAUCCGACUCGGCCCGGGAAGACGCCCGUGCACCAGCGGCCCUACGCGUGCCCGGCGGAGAGCUGCGAGCGCAGGUUCUCCAGGUCGGACGAGCUGAGCCGACACCUGCGCAUCCACACCGGCCUCAAGCCCUUCCAGUGCCGCGUCUGCCUGCGCGCCUUCAGCCGCAGCGACCACCUGACCACGCACCUGCGCACGCACACCGGCGAGAAGCCCUUCUCCUGCGACACCUGCGGCAGGAGGUUCGCCCGCAGCGACGAGCGCAGACGACACCUGAAGAUCCACCUGAGGCUCAAGGACAAGAAAGACCCCGCCCCUUGAUGACGUCAUCCCCCCAUUCAGGGAGUCAAUGAAACACACGCACGCACACAAAUGGGGAGGAGUCACAAACUGGAGGUGGAGCCAAUAACUUUUUUUGUGUACUUGAUUAAAGAGGAAAGUUUGUUGGAUGAAGAUGAUAAAUGAUAAAAAUAGAGGAUGUGAGAAUUGGUGCUUUUUAUUGACUGCGUGUGAGGAGAAUGCUUGUGUUUAUGUACAACAUGUUAGUUACAUGGCAAUAACCCAUUAGUUACAUAAUAAUAACAUAUGUAAACCAUGUUACUUACAUAAUAAUCACACAUGUGC